AUGAUUCAUAUGGCCUUCCAGAGACAAAUUUUCCACAGGCACCCCGAAGCAUCGCGAUGGCUUCAUCCGGCCCUGAAGAAAGCAAAGAGCAAAGAACUAAAAUUUCACCCCACGACGACGAUUGCAACGAAAAACAGCUACCUACCACAAAUUUCGCAUACGUUCAGCCAACAACAAAAAAAAAUCAUCAAUCACCACCUUUUUCCUCACUCUCAAAAUUUUUAUUUACUAGUUGGUGCUUUGUUAAACAGAUAUUUCGCGAUUCGCAUCCUAAUAAUUGAUUUUGUCUACAUUUUCACCCUUCCCCCCGACAGUGAUGACCUGAUAAGCAUGGCCGAGGACAAUACAUUAGGUGACUUCUCACAUAUCGACGAUGAAUUGCAGUUUGUGAAAAAUGAUGGAAUGCUAGCACUCAGAUUAAUUCAAGUGGCAGACAGUUUAGACUCACCUAACUUUAUCACAGGAACACCGGCAAAUUCCUACCCAACGCUAACCAACUCCAACAACAACGACGCUAAUCAAUGCUCAUUCUUUGUGCUCAAAAAAAAUAAUGACAAUGUCAAGCAAAGCAGACCUGCCGUCAACAUCAGUCGAACAGGCCCGAAGUCGAUCGACUGUGUCAGUGAUACUAGCCUCAACCGAAAGCAACGAGAUGACCGGCGGAGGGCGAACCAUAACGAAAUCGAACGGCGGCGGCGGGACAAAAUCAACAACUGGAUCCACGAGCUGAACAAGAUCAUCCCCGCGGAGCAUAUGAACAGCCCCUCGACGGAUCCCCAGCAGAACAAGCAGAACGGAGGCCAGGGCGAUAACCUGUCCAAGGGAGGCAUCCUGGCGAAGGCGUGCGAGUACAUCACCCGGCUAAAGGACACCAGCGACAAACUAACCGAGUGCCUUGCCGAGAAAGAUCAGAUCCUGCUGGAGAACCUGCAGCUCAAGGAAAGCAUCAACCACCUGCUGGCAGAGAACAAACGGCUACAGUCGGAGCUUCAGUUUGCGCUUGCCACCAACGUUAAGAUAGAGUCGUAGCCAUCAUCAAAAAGUCAUUAUCAUGUUAUCAUAGUCUAAAUAGUAGGGUAUUAGAAUCGCUGUGCGAAAACGACGACUUCGAGCUGACUGUUUGUGAUGUGCGCGAGAGUUCGAGAACAUGAAAGUGUGCUAUACACCUAGUAAGAACGCUGUGCGAUCAAACACAUAUACACAUAACAUAUACAAAACUAUAUACAUAGUACAUCAGUAAUCCGUAAGUAUUCGUCAUAACUAAUUGAUUGAUCAAUUUACCAUAUAGCGUUAUUUGUUGAACGAUAAUUGCACUGAAAACGGAGAAAAGACACAUAUGCAUACCCAGUAUCGACUGUGUAGAGACGACGACGUCAGACGUUUUAGGAAGACACUUGUACACAAUCAUCGAAAAUUGACGAACGACGGAAAACAAUACGAUAAACACAAAAAAGGUUCGUUAGAAAAGCCCGUAUCCGAUGCAAAACGUCAGGAAAAUUAAGCGUAAACCUACCCACAGAACACCCCCUCAUACAUAUGAAUAGUUGCAAUUUGUUACCCUAGCACAGUCAUCAUCAUCAUCAUCAUCUUCCUGAGUCCAGUCUCGUUGUUGUUAUCAUUAGCAUCGGAAGCGUUACAGUUGACACAAUACGCCACCAUGCUUCUUCCUUCAAAGGUACGUCGUGCUUUCCUAAUUCCUGACGAUAUACGAACACGAAAUUUUCCACCAGCUUACACAGUUCCUGGUAUUUGCAGAGGCGAUCAUAAUAAGGGUGCUUGCUUACUGUUGAUCUGUUUCUGGAACAAUGUACCAGUAGUUCCACCAGAUUAAUGUUUUCUCAAGGUCAUAUGUGAGCAGUAGAGUUUCAAGGACUGUGAAAAUCACAUCGGAUAAUAGAACAUCAAUUAGAAUGCUAUUCAAUUUAAACGUCAAGAAAAAAUAAUGACUUAUUCCGCUUAAUUUUGGUGCUGUUAACUGGAUAAUUGAAGUCAGCAAUAUUUCUACCAAAGGACUUCAACGUUGCGAUAUAAAAAUUGUUAGCUUGAUCAAUUUAGACUCAAAAGAUACUCAACCGAGCACAAAUCGAACAACCUUCGAACCCUGUUACCAAUUUCGAUCGUUUUAAGAAAACUAAUUCACUUUCCAAGGCCCUCCCUAUCCAACAGACUUCUUCAAACGAAAAAAAAAGAGAUGUGUCGUGCCUUCGAUCUGAAUCGGGUGUAUUCAACCUCAAUUAUCAUGAUGAUAACACAAAGCGCAUGGUUUAGAGUAGAUUAAAUCUUCCUCUUUGGUUGUCCAAACACUGGAACGGAAUGCUAUACCGAAUGAACAAACUAAUCGUCGUCGUCGUCAUGUGUACCGUAUCAUUUAUCGCGACGUCAACCUCGCUCCUCGGUGACGACGAGAGCGAGGGAUGAUGAUGAGUUACACGGUCCAAAACAAACACCGUCACCACAUCACAGCGCUCUAACAUCGAUCGUCAUUCUAGCUAAAAGGUGCUAAUACGCGAUCGAAAUCGCUCAGUACUGCUAUUGAGUGUAAGUUUAUUUUUCCCUCACAUCCCCCGAUGGAAAAAAAGGGUUGUGGGGCAAUUUUGACAAACCAUUAAAGAUCGUGAUCGAUUUCUCCAUCACAACAAAUUUUUACAGUGGUUAGGUAGGAUCAUCGAUUGGCAUGGGAUCGAUUUGAGGGGAAACCAGACGCUAAUUGAUAGUGAAAACCGGUGCGCUCUAUUAGGAACACGAAUACACGCGGGGAAGGACGAUUAUUUGAUCUACUAUUUGUAGAGCAGCACAGUUAGCAACAGCCCGUACUGAAUGGACGGAUUUUGAAAUUGGUUUCUUCCAUCACUACCUAGAGGGCUAGUUUUUCGGUUUCCAGGGCUUUCAUAACAUUUUGUCCAAUAAC